CGCGGCGGCGGCGGCCCGGGAGCCAGCGAGCCAGCGGCGAGCAGCUAGCGCAGCGCGAGCACCAGCAUGGCGGGGCCCCGACGCCCGCAGCCCGGCUGUUACAGCCGCACCGCCGCGGCCGUGAACCUGCUGCUGGGCGUCUUCCAGGUCCUCCUGCCCUGCUGCCGCCCGGGCGGGGCUCAGGGACAAGCGAUCGAGCCCUUGCCAAACGUGGUGGAGCUGUGGCAGGCGGAAGAAGGGGAGCUCCUGCUGCCCACUCAGGGUGAUGCUGAAGAGGACUUGGAAGCACAUUCCCAAGAGCAGAGCUUCUCCGACAAGCUGUUUAGUGGCGAGGGAUUGUACUUCCAACCAUCAGUUCUAGAUUUUGGAAUUCAGUUCCUGGGACACCCAGCAGCAAAGGUCCUCCACGUGUAUAACCCCAGUAGGGAGAGCGAGGUGGUGGUGAACUCCGUGUUCACAGCCGCCAGGCACUUCCAUGUGCCGCCCUUGCCGCGCAGGGUCAUCCCAGCCAUGGGGAAGACUUCCUUCAGAAUUAUAUUCUUCCCUACUGAAGAAGGAAGCUUCGAAAGCUCUUUAUUUAUUAAUACUUCCUCCUAUGGAGUCCUUUCUUAUCACGUAUCUGGAGUUGGCACACACAGAGUCGCCACCGAGGGGUCCGAGAAGCAGCUUCCAAAUGCUUAUUUCCUGGUCCCGCAGAUCCAGAGCAUUCAGCGUUCACAGACGCAGGCAGAAACCACUAACACAAGCCUCUUGCAGGUGCAACUGGAAUGCAGUUCACAUAAUAAAGUAUGCCAGUGGCUAAAGAGUUGCUUCCAGGGAUCGGCUGAUAUUCUGCAGCUACAGAUGAGCAUCGUCAUAACUGUGGUAAACGCCUCAAGGGAAUUUGCAGAAAACACCCAAGAUUUAUUAGACCACCUUUCUGUUGUUUACGUAGCUACCGACCGGUCUGGAACCUCAGAUGAUCCGACAGUAAAUAUGUAUAUCUUGCACUCAGGAAACAGCCUGAUAUGGAUACAGGAUGUGCGUCACUCCAUGCAGAGGGAUGCUCUGGUGCUGCAGUUUGAACCUGUCCCCCUGCCUACUUCCUCCACCAACUUCACAAAGAUCGCCUCUUUCACUUGCAAAGCUACAUCCUGUGACAGUGGGGUUCAAGAAGAUGUAAAGAAAGCAAGAAGCGCUCCACCGCGGAGAGCAUGCCUUUCCUCUUCUGUGAUGCACGGGUAUUUCCGCAUGGACUCUUCUGCAAGCCAGUUCCACCUCGAGCCUCAUGAAAACACAUCAGGACUUUGGUCACUGUGGUACCGCAACCAUCUGGACCGCGGCCUUGUGGUGAAUGAGGUGUCUGUUUCCAAGGAAGCUAGGCACAUUUUGAAGAUUCUGAAUUUCACUGGCCCUUUAUUUCUACCUCCAGGCUGUUGGAAUAUAUUUUCUUUGAAACUCGCUGUUAGAGAUAUUGCCGUAAAUCUGUUCACCAAUCUAUUUUUGACUACAAACAUAGGUGCUAUUUUUGCGAUACCUCUUCAGAUUCACACUGCACCGAUCAAGGAAGGGAGUCUGGGUUUUGAAGUGAUAGCACAUUGUGGCAUGCAUUAUUUCAUGGGAAAAUCCAAAGCAGAUAACCCUGACUGGGAAGGGAGCCUGUCUCUGGAUCAGUCUACCUGGGAUAUAGAUUCUGAGCUUGCAAACAAAUUGCAUGAAAGAUGGAAGAAAUUAAAAAACGGUGAUGUCUGCAAGAUGAGUGUGUUAGGGCUGACUCGCUUCGCCCACUGGAAGAAACCCAAGGAGACCGAGCCGUUUGUUUUCUCUCUACCUCGUUUGACGGCGGAGCCGGACCUGGCGUUAAACUUCAGCGCCACGGCCCUCAGGAGCAGCGUGGUGAAAUAUUUUGUGGUGAAGAACCCCUCCUCUCUGCCAGUCUCCUUACAGCUCCUGCCCCUCUCCUCGUACCCUAGACCGGAAGCUGCAGUGCGUCUGCUCCAGAAAUGGUUUGGCACAGAUAUGCAGAUGAUUAACUUCACAACUGGAGAAUUCCAGCUCACUCAAGCUUGCCCCUACCGGGUUCUGCGUCCUGAGGAAUCCAACCCUGGCACCCUCCACCUCCACUUGCAGCCUUUGGAGACGAAGAGGGUCGGGGUAGUGUUCACGCCGGCCGACUAUGGAAAAGUCACCUCCCUCAUACUAAUCCGGAAUAACUUGACUGUUCUCGACAUGGUCUGCGUGGAAGGCUUCGGGGCCCAGGAGCUGCUGAAAGUGGGCGGCAGGCUCCCCGGCGCGGGCGGUUCUCUGCGAUUUAAGGUGCCGGAGUCCACGCUGAUGGACUGCCGCCGACAACUGAAAGACAGCAAGCAAAUAUUAUCCAUCACAAAGAAUUUCAAAGUGGAGAAUAUUGGCCCACUGCCUGUAGUGGUGACAGCCCUGAAAAUUAACGGCUAUAACUGCCAAGGCUAUGGAUUCGAAGUGCUGGACUGCCACCCCUUUUCCUUAGACCCCAACUCUUCCCGGGAUAUCAGCAUUGUGUUUACCCCGGACUUCACCUCUUCCUGGGUCAUCCGGGAGCUGACGCUGGUGACAGCGGCUAAGCUGGAGUUCCACUUCACACUCAACGUGACCCUCCCUCAUCACCUGUUGCCUUUGUGUGCUGAUGUGGUUCCCGGGCCCAGCUGGGAGGAGUCCUUCUGGAGGCUCACAGUCCUCUUUGUCAGUCUGUCCCUGCUGGGUGUGAUUUUAAUAGCCUUCCAGCAAGCACAGUACAUUCUUACGGAGUUCAUGAAAACAAGGCACAGGCAAAAUGCCAGCUCCUCUUCACAGCAAAGCAAUAGUCCCAUGGAUGUGAUCAGCUCCCACUCUCACAAAAGCAGUUGCAAGAACUUUCUUGAUGCUUACAGCCCCACUGAUAAGGGCAGAGGGAAGAGCUGCCUCCCGGUCAGCACUCCGCAGAGCAGGGUCCAGAAUGCCGCCAAGCGGAGUCCGGGGACUUAUGGCCACUCGCAGAAGAAGCACAAGUGCUCCGUCUACUACAGCAGGCACAAAGCCAGUGCGCCUGUGCCCAGCACCCCCGCUGAGGACAGACAGACUGUGGUGCUGGGCAGCCCCCCGUCGGCCCCGAAGGAGGACACCAGCCCAGAGGCCCCAGGGGAGAACUGGACCCCCCUCAAAUAUGCCAACCUGCAAAAGAACCUUCCCCUCCCCAAAAACUUACUGAGUAAAGAUGAAAACACACUGAAGCCCACAGUUGCUGCCAGUGAUCCUUCUUCACAGUGUCCCGUGAAGGAGGUACUCCCACCCUGUAUGUUUCCUAAGGAAACGGAUGCUAAAACUUCAGAAACCACAGCAGAGCUCAAGGACCGGGAGCUUUGUUCUCUGAAGCCCUCAAAGAAACUACCUGAAAACCAUUUGCCCAGGAAUUCACCUCAAUCCCCAUCAGACUUGCCAGAACUUGCCAGGAAAAAUAAUGGAGCUCACCAGCAAGUGCCUGUCAGGAAUGAAGCAGACAGCUGUGAAACUUUGAAAAAGGUCGACACAAAGUCUUCCUCAGAGAAGAAGAGUCACAGAGCAUCUAAAGAAGACAUAUGUUCAGAGAAGCAGGACACGCCUGCCGCUGAGCAAGAAGAUUCAUACAGGAAGAAGAAGCUUCAGGAGAAGAAGGAAGGAAACUUACAAAAUUUAAAUUGGAAUAAAAAUCGAACCUGUCGGAAAAACAAGAAAAGGGGAACCACUCAAGUGUCACGGCCUCCCGAGCAGACUGAGCCAAAGCUUGCGGGGAGUGACUUCGAGAGGUCGGAGCCCAGCAGCGACAGUGAGGGGAGGAACUGGUGCCCUCAGGAGAGCCCUGGGGGGACAGGGAAAGCCAGUGCCGGGGCGGAAAGCAGCUGCCCUGCGCCGCCCCCAGGAGAGGCAGAAGCACCGUGCGCGGAGUCUGGGAAGCCGAGCUCCGAGAAGGCCUGCUCCGACUCCAGCUCCGACUGCGGCAGCUCCUCGGGCAGCGUGCGAGCCAGCAGGGGCAGCUGGGGCAGCUGGAGCAGCAGCAGCUCCGAUGGCGACAAGAAGGCGGCGGCUGGAGCCCAGCACUUCCUGCCAGCUGGAGACAGCGCCACACAGGAUGACUUUGCUUCGAAGACAUACAUGUCCUUGAAUAUCCCAUUCAGCCUCUGCCACCCCAGAGACAUGAGCAGCCUCUCAGGGUACGCAGAGCCGCCCUGCCCCAUCCUGCCCACGGGGACACUGGGUUCCGAGGAAGAUAAAGGUGUUUACACCUCCGGAGACCUGUGGCCCUCCACACCCCUGUGUGUGACAAGCAGCUUCAACUGUGCCCUGGACAACGGCGUGCCCGGGGUCAUGCCCACGCCCGCCCCCGUGCACAACAGCAGCUUCAUCGACUGGAACGCGGCCGCCUGCGAAGGCCAGUUCCCCGGUGUGUACUGCCCGCUGGAUCUGGGCGACUACAGCGCCUUUCCCGAAGAAAACAUGAACUAUCCCAACGGCUUCCCCUGCCCGGCUGAAGUCCAGCCCAACUUCAUCGACCCCGGCUCGCAGCCUGCCUGGAACAGCGCCCCCAACCUGCCGACCGCCUGGGGCCACGCCGGCCUCAUCAGCUCUCAGCCCUACCUCACAAGCACCCGAAGCUUGUCUCCAAUGUCUGGACUGUUUGGGUCCAUCUGGGCCCCCCAAAGUGACGUGUAUGAAAACUGCUGUGCCACCAGCGCCCCAUCGGAGCACGCAGCGCACGUGGAGAACCAGGCGGUCGUGUGUAAGGAGUACUGCCCGGGCUUCAACCCGUUCCGUGCCUACAUGAACCUGGACAUCUGGACCAGCACGGCCAACCGCAGUGCCAGCUUCCCGCUGUCCAGGGACUCGAGCUACUGCGGGAACGUGUGACAGGCCGGCCGGGCCCCACUGUGAAUAAAGAGCCUUGCGUUUGGGUUUCUAGCGUCAACUGAUUGUCGAGAUAGAUUACGACCUUGGUGGAUAUUUUGGCACUUUUGUAUGAAAAAAAUAAAUAAAUCUUUUUUUUUUUUU